AUGUUAACUUUACCUGUAAACUCUUCUAACGCGAAAACUUCCUACGCUAUCCAACAAGUGGUGAGGUUCGUAAAAGCAAACAUACCACUACUGACACGGGGAGAAAACACACCCGCACGUCACUAUUAUGGGGGUUUCGAAGAUUCAUUCAUGACACCGCCUGAAAUCUGGGGGCAUGAAUCGCUAAACCUGCCAGGAGUUAUCGUACCCAACCCCGUAUCCGAACGAGGAGGACGACCUGCUUGUCUAGCUCAAGGAGGUCUCUUAAAGCGUAUGCUUGAAGCAAUCAAAGAACUCGUCUCUGAUGCAAACUUUGACUGUUCCGAGACAGGCAUAGCACUUCAAGCUAUGGACAACUCCCAUGUUGCUCUGGUAUCGUUACUUCUCAAAGCCGAGGCAUUCGAUCCAUACACAUGCGCUAGAGGAUUUAGCUUGGGCGUGAAUUUAAACAGCCUGAACAAGAUACUAAGAUGUGCCGGAAAUGAUGACACAAUCACGUUGCAAGCGGAAGACGAGUCUGCAGAUUCUUUAACUUUGGUCUUUGACAGUCCAAAUCAGGAACGCGUUAGCGAAUAUGAACUAAAGCUGAUGGACAUCGACCAAGAAAAUCUUCACAUUCCUGAUACAGACUACGAUGCAAAGGUCCAUAUGUCAUCUGCUGAAUUCCAACGUAUUACGCGUGACUUGUCAACUGUUAGCGAAGCAGUUACCAUUUCCGUGACAAAGGAAGGAAUCAGAUUUGUAGCUAGUGGAGAAGUAGGCUCCGGAAGUAUUACUUUGAAAAAAGGAUCAUCUGUCGACACGAACAUCUCAACAACAAUCGAACUCUCGCAAACAGUUUCGUUAGAUUUCUCCCUCAAAUACCUUGCAAACUUUGCUAAGGCUGCCCCGUUAUCGGACGUAGUUUCAUUGUCGAUAUCAGAAAAUCUACCCUUGUUGGUAGAGUAUGAAAUGGAGAGUGUUGGAUUCAUUAGAUAUUACUUGGCUCCGAAGAUUAACGAGGAAUGA